AUGUACCCCCUCACUAUUCUCUUUUCCCUCCUCCUCCACCUCGCCUGCUACGGAAACGCCCAAUCUCUCGUCUCGGACCGCUUCUGUCCCUGGUGCUACUGGACGGUCCCGGACAGCAUGGCCGGUCUUCCAGAGUUCAGAUUCGACUCGUUCUGCCACGCCUUCGUUCACCAGCCCAUUUCCGACCGCCCUGGACUACCUUCACCGCAAAAGCCGAUCCACGUCGCCAUCAUGAACAACAACUUCACCGAGCUUCUCUCCUACAGCCGGAUGGGCUACGGCAUGUCGGUGGACUUGCCGACGAGGCCGACGAGGUGCGCCCCGGGGGUGGCGACUUUCCACAUGAGCGGGAGGGAGGACCAGCAAGGGGGGGAUGGAUCAUUGAGGCCUCCAACUUUCAGCUACUCUGUCCGUUCUGACGAAAACUAUACUCCUCCCCAGUUGUUCGCGGAUAAUUGUAUCAAUCUACUGGAAAUCAGAGGGAAACAGAAAAUACAAACCAUCAAUGCCCCCGCCCGCGGAGCCCUGGUGGACUUACAAACAGCCUCCAUAAUGUUGGCAUCGCUCCUUCCCGUCUUCUUCAUCUUUAUCUCCACCGGCUACUACCCCGCCCAGGCCUCCCCAGCACCCAAUAUUCUCCCCGGUCCAGGCGGUGCCUCCUCCAAGUCCAUUACUCCGGGCACAGGCAACUCUCAGGCCAACAAUGACUCUCAGAUCCUGAACAUCCGGGCAGACGCCAACUGGAUUGACUGGUCCUCCAUCGGCGAGCGCUUUUGCCCCUGGUGCGAAGCCGGCGUCGACUCCAAUGACGGCGCCAGCCCGGAAGACAAGGUGUGUAGGGUAGUCGUGCACCAGCCGAUGGCCGCGGGCAGUCCGCCGAACACUCAGUUUGCUCACAUCGCUAUCCUCAACGCCCGGUACACGGAGCUGCUGUCGUACAAGCGCAUGGGGUGGAAUCAGCAGGAAAAUCUUUGGACGUCGGUGGGAGCGGGCUCUGAGGGUGCGAUCGCCACGGUGUUUACUGGUCAAGAGGGUGUCAGGCUGCCACCAAAGAUUCUCUGGCAGAGAGAUGGGAAACUCUCGGUGACCAUUCUCCCACUGUACCCGGGCACGGAGGGGUCAGCGUGGAAAGUUGUGCAAAAUGUUGCACCGAAUCAUAACUACCUCAUUUUUCAUACUUGGUUCUUCUGUGGGAAGUAA